UAUUAUGAUGUUUUGUAAAAAAAAAAAAAAAGACUGUCAGCGUUCGCGAAUUAUGUGCCGAGCUUAUGCUAUGGUAGCUUAGUUUAUGAGAGCACAGACCUCCCUUUAGCAUUAGCGUGCUAACGUUCAGCGCUAGCUACUAACUUGGUGGACCUGUUAGUGGAAACUCACAAGGGAAGCUAACGAAGCUUCAAAUAGCAGUUAGCACGAACCUUGCGAGACUGGCAGCUACUCUAAAUACAUCGCCCCGAGAGGCGUAUCCGAUCGGCCGCUAUUUCUAAUUAGCUCCCACAAUGUUGGCUUCCACGUUCGUUCGAAUGACACGUCUGUCGGGGUUGGGAAACGGAAUGUUUUGUUGUGGUUAGCGGUAAGGAUCUGCAGCCUUGCGGCCCAUUUUCACAAAGUCAAGGCUUACCAAAGAAUUGGUACAUUAAUUAGGUUAACCUGUCAAUAGUCUGUAACCCAAGCCACAUAGCUAGUAGCUAAACCGCCUCACCACCACGACAGUGAAAGCAUCCGACAGCGAUGUCUCGAUGACACUGGAGGAAAGAUAGGAUAGUAGCAUUCCUUGGCUCUGCUGCCUCAUCGUUGUAGGCUAGUAUUAGAUUAUUUCCAACUGAGUCUGAAGCAAAUGCUUACAGCAGGCCUGUGUCCCUAACAGUAUGACCAAGUUACCUGGCUUUAAACCUGUUUGCUGACAGGUUAGCACAUGGAUUAAUGGCGCUAACACACGUUGCAGUUCUCAACAGGCGCAGAACAUUUGUCUGAGAUGGGGGAUGACCGGCCCUUUGUAUGCACUGCACCUGGAUGUGGGCAGAGAUUCACAAAUGAAGACCAUCUGUCAGUCCACAAACACAAGCAUGAAAUGACGUUAAAAUUUGGUCCUGCUAGGACAGACUCUGUCAUUAUUGCAGACCAGACUCCCACACCCACACGCUUCCUGAAGAACUGUGAGGAAGUUGGUCUGUUCAAUGAGUUGGCCACCUCCUUUGAACAGGAGUUUUGCAAAGCACAAGAUGACGAGCAGCGGACAAAACACCCGGCUGCACCAUUACAGACACCAUCUGAAGUAAAAGAUGACGACGAGGGUCCUUUACAAGUUGAUUCAUCUCCUCCUUCAAGUCCUGAGUCCUCAUCUAGCAUGUCAGACAACAGCAGCGACUCGAGGGGGAGAGGCAAGGAGAUCCUCACAAAGCCAGUGGCAAGCUCUGCUCCCACUCCAACUAUUGUUCGUCCAGGUUCUUUACCACUUCACCUGAGCAGUGACCCACUACACCCGACUCUGCCAUCUCCAACUUCUGUAAUCACCCAAGCUCCACCCUCCAACAGACAGCUUGGCUCCCCCUCAAGUGCGUAUCCCCUGAUGAGGCACCUCCCUAAUGGACAGACGGUCCCUCUCUCGCCUGGACCGCUGCAGGUUACUUCAGUUAUAUCUCUUGCGAGGCCAGUGAACACAGUCGUGCCUAACAUCCCUGGGAUACCAGGACCCCCUGUUGGCGGGCCGAGCAGCGCUUCAUCCUCCCCAUCUGGGUACACUCUGCACUCUGAAGCCAAGAUGCGGCUGAAGGCAGCUCUAACUCAUCAGGGCCCAGGAUCACAAGAUGGAGCUGGUGGGGGGUCGGGAUCCAUCCCUGCUGUCCCCCAGCGACAGGAACAGGGCCAGCAGCCCACUCAGAACUCUGAUGCACCAUCACCUGCCCAACCACAGGUGUCCCCUGCUCAGCCAACUGGGGGUCGGCGGCGGCGAGCAUCAGAGAUGGACCCCGAUGAACGUAGGCAGCGUUUUCUUGAAAGGAACAGGGCUGCCGCCUCCCGCUGCAGGCAAAAACGAAAGCUGUGGGUUAACUCUUUGGAGAAGAAGGCAGAUGAUCUCGCCAACAUGAAUGUCUCCCUGACGAAUGAAGUAACCCUACUCAGGAAUGAGGUGGGACAACUGAAGCAGCUCCUCCUGGCCCAUAAAGACUGUCCUGUCACUCUCAUGCAGAAGAAGGCUGCUUUCUUAGCUGCAGGAGGAGAGGAAACCUCCAGGGAUACUUCCACUGAACCCAUUGGCUCACCAGCUGCAGUUAUUCAGCACGGGCCAUCGACCCCAGCCUCGGCGUUGAGUCCGGGAGCCACCAUCAACGGGCUGAGCGUCCGCGCUGCGGAGGCGGUGGCCAUGUCGGUCUUGGCUGGCAUGGGAUCAGGUCAACCUGGAUCGGUUGUUAUGGCGACGCACUCACCAUCCGCCCAGAGAUGAUGUGUGGACACGGGUACCCAGAGCGAACUCGAGGGGCAUUUUGGAGGCCGAACUGGUGCAAAGUAUUUGAGAAGUCGGAACCACUCUCAACCCUCCCCCGUAACACCACCACCACCAGACUGAGAUGCCCUCUCCCCUCACCGCCAACGAUAAUCACAAAAAGACAUGGCACAGUGCCUCUGUCAACUCUCCACCCCCAGUGGACUCUUGUUUCAGUGAAGCUUCGUCACUCUGUAUGUAAAUAUGAAAAAUGCGUCGGACGUUCACUCUGCAGGGUUUGGGGGUUACUUCUCGUACAGUUGCGACGGUCGGAGACCAUUUUUUAUGUGGAAGAAAAACACUGAAUGGAAAAAUAUUAACAUCAAAAUCACCAGUUGUUUUUUUUUUUUAUUUCACUUCUAAAAGCAGCUUCAGUUCAACAUCUUCCCACACGCUGGCUGUGAUGAGGUUUCGUUUUUUUCCCCAGGCUGAUAAUAUCACAGUGACAUAUCUUUCGUUAAAAAAAAAGAAAAGAAAAGAUUUUCAUGCCUGAUACAUGUUUUAUCAAUGCAGUAAAAGUCUGGUGACAGAUUGACUCGGUGAUUGCAGUAAAUGGCAGCCUGGAAAGUGUUUUAAUGCUCUUUUAUUUGUUUAGUUGUCUGGUUUCGUUCUCCUCAUCUGUUUUAGUCAGCCGAGUUCAUAACAAACCAAAAUGUAGAUGUGUAUACUGUUUACCUUGUGAUUGUGUGCCUGACUUUUGUUUUAUUUUUAACAUCUAUGUUAACCCAUUAAGAAUGGAUGUCUUUAUAUAAGUCCUAUGUAUCAAACCCUAUUGACUGCAUGGAUUAUUCAAGGCUGAUGGAUACCACUGUUUGAGUAAUCAUACUAUCACUGUAUUUUUUUCUGUUUCUAAAACGUCAAAUUAUUUGAUGCAAAAAUUGUUAUGUAAGGAUUUCAUCCUCAGUCCUGAUUAACACACUUGAAAAGGUUAGUCUUUUAGGAGGCCUUCAAAUGAUAAUCAAACAUAGAUUUUAAAUCCUAUACCCGUGCAUUUCAGUUGAGGAAAGAGUAGUGCAAUAUAUUUUUCUAUUGAAUAUCGAUGUUCUUGCAAUUAGUUGAUGUGUGUAGUCCAGCUGCUGAGAGAGGUUUGGUCUAUUUCAGUGGAAAGCUAAAGUUAUGAGAUGACCAAAGCAAAUGUGAAGAUGAAUUUUCUUGGAUGAAUGGGGGGGUGAUUGGCGCAUAUUUAUAGAAAGUUAGAGGUGUCCUAGUCUUGAGUGCUUUACGAAAGUUGGCAAACUGUCUUGUAUCAUGAAGUAGACCUAAUACUUGAGCAAGGUGCUUCUUUUGAUUUUUUUUUUGCAGAUUAUUUUAUACAGCAUCGUGCUUCCAAGACUAUCAUGCCCCCCCCCCCCCCCACGUCAGAUUGUGUUUUUUUAUAUAAUGUUAUUGUUAUUGUUUUUUCUCAGAGUUUUUUUUUCAUUGUGUGAUGAUAUGUCUCAUUCAUUUGUUAAAGACAACUUUCAUGUUUUUAACAGGGUUGAAACACAUGGAAAAAAAAGAAUUGUCUUGGGAGAUUUCUUUACGGUGGGAGUUUGUCAAAUACUCAGGCCUCAAGAUGGGAAAGAUUACUUGUGUAUAGUCUCAACUAAUAAAUAAGUUGUCUCGGGCAAAUAAUACAAUAAAUUAAAGAAAUGGACAAAGUU